AUGGCUGCUGACUUCGCUGUCGAUUCCGUCCAAUUUGAAAGGCAAAAAUCGCAGUCAAAAUAUCCUACGUCGGUGGCGGGCGACUCUUCCACACCUUCUGCACUCUAUUACACAGUCUCCAAGCUUUCUCGAACCUCUAAACAGCUUUUUGCAGGCUCUUUUCCCGCAGACGAGAAUCCACAAUAUUCGACCCAUUCCGGAGACAUACAGGCUGUUGUGACUGACGGCGAUGAAGUUCGGCGCCUGACGAACAAGAGACGAGCACAGGGUGAUGCUCUUCUGUCAUUCAUUGAUGGUUCCCUGGAGGGGUACGGUGGUAGAGGUGGAACUAAGUUUCAUUCGCAUGUUUUGAAGUCAAAAACAACCAGCCAGUACGUUCUUCUAAGUCCACUCAUUGAGCUGUCUCUUGUUAAGAACUUCAGUAGCAAGACCCCGAAGUUCUCGUUGAAGCCGGCUAUCUUUUCUCCAGCUUCCUCAAACGUUCCAAUCGCAGGCAAUCAGAAUCAUGAUGAUGAUUGCAGCGAAAGUUCACAAUCCUCUGAUUCGGAAAACGAAUAUCAUUCCUCCUCAAAGUUGCGGCGCUCAAGCUCUGCUUCCUUGAUGUAUGAAGAUCGUGCUGAACCUCUGUCGGCAGUGCGCCCACAGACUUUCAUGGAUGCCCAUUUAGCUCGUUUGGACCUCGACGCACCGAGUACCCAGAUCUCCCCAUUUGAGUCCUCCGAUUCCAACUCUUCGGACUCGCGUCCAUCUUCUCUCGGCGUACCUCAGCUACUUCUGGAAGCUCACACAUAUCCAUCUCAUCGUACUUCCUCUAACAACUGGACAUCUGGACCGUCUCACGACGGUUACGAUCUUUCGAGAUCGAGCGCUAUCGUUCGCUUGCCUGUUUCUUUUGGUCGUGACCUGUCUCGCAGGAGUGGCCAAGCUUCGCACCUUGAAUUACUUGCCCCAGGAACUUCGAUCCUUAAUCCACGUCAACCAUCACCAUACACGUCGGGUUCGCUACCAGACACCGCACCAGCAGCUCAUACGUCGAAUAUGUCGCUCUCUUUUGCUAGUGCUGGUACCGACAUCGGAAAUUCCAUGCCUUCCGGAAUACAAACUCGAUUAGGAUUUUCCGUUGACGGAAUCGAAAGUUGGGUGGAUACUUCUCCUCCGCCGUCAACGCAGUCACUGGAGAUGCCGGCCAUAGAUCCACAUACUUCCUCCCCACCUCCCCAGUGGGAACCCCCAACCACAUUGAGUUCAUCUAUGGUGAAUGCUUUGACAAAUAUGGCACCUCCUGGUGAUGAUCCUGUUCACAAACGGCAUGGAAUGGCAUCUCCUCGAUCUCCUACUGAGGACCUCUCCCUGACUUCUCCUGUAACGGCGCCUGCAUAUUCGUCUUCGUGCUCAUCUCUUCCGCCUCCACCAUGGGCCAAUGGUCCUCCACAGCCUCCGCCAUCGCCAUCUCAUUCGCCGGGCACUGCCAAGAAGCGGAAACGGACGACGGUCGAAACUCACCAGAAUCAACGUGUCGCUCGAACGCGCUCUCCGACUGCCGCCCGUACUGUUCUCGAAUCUGUUGUCGCAGACGGUACAUCUGGUAUGGAUAACCUCACUACCUCGAGCAGACCUGUGAUCAUGUAUCGUUUGAGGACCGCAGACAUGGAAAAUGGGAUGAUCAACGUGGUUUUGAAAGAGGAUUAUAUGGCGAACUUCCUACAGAACAAGGCGUAUCUGGUAGAAGAGAAAGUGAAGAAAAAGGAGAAGGACAGGGAGAGGAGGAUGGGAAAGAAGGUGGAGGAAAUUAAGGAAACAUCAUUGGACCCCGAUAGGGGUCGAGGAACUGUUCGAGCGAUAUAUACCAGUUUUGGAUCCGUUGCUACAGCCACUCAACCUCCUUCGCUCCCCGCUUCCUCGGACACAUCCCACGUCCCUGAACAAGAAACUCAACCAUUGACCAAAGCUGAACUUCGUAAAUCAACCAAAGCUGAGCUUCGUAGAUUGGCCAAUGCUCGGAAGGCAGAACUCAAGCAGGAAAAGCAUCGACAAAAGAUACGCGAACUGGAGGAGAAAGUUAAGGCAGCCGAAGAAUACAAAAGGCAAUUGGAACGACAAAGAGCAAGCGUUCGACCGACCAAAGUGCAGAGGCGCACGGGAAAGGUAGAAGAACGGGAGAAAGCAAAGAAGGAAAAGAUUAUGAAGGAACAAAGGACCCACGAAGCGGAAAAAACAGAAAGGUUGCAAAGAGAGCAGGAGAUGCAGGAGCUGCUUGCAUUGAAGGAGAGGCUGUUUGAGGCGAGGGCUCUUCGGAAGCAUGGAGAAGAGGGCUCCGCGCUCAAUCGUCUUGCGGAUAAUCCUACUCCAGCAUCGGAAGUUAUUACGACGCCUACCGAGACGGAUGCUCUGGGGACUUCCGAGACCGUCAAUGGGCAUCCUUUCCAUCGGCAAUUACACACCUCCGCUUCCAAUUUCACCCAACAUGGAACAUUGACACCGCAGUCGGCGAUACCAAACCAAUCAGUAGAUACACAAUAUCGCAGCUGGGAACAGGAGCAAUCAAGAGAGCAAGUGAUUCAUGGGGAGCGAAUUGCCAAAGAGCAGGGAACGGCAACGGUACCAGGUGCUGAUAGUAAACCAGCUCCAGCAACGUCCUGGAACCAUACCGCUGUCACUCUACCGGGUCCAGCAGAGGAUAUUGUUCGUCAGCAAUUCGCGUUGCUCUCUGCUUUAGGAAUGUAUUCUGCCGAUGCAACAUGGGAAAUCAAAGAGCUCGGAGGAGACGUAGAAAACAUGUAG